UUUUGAAUUGUCAAUAGAAAUAAUUGGGAUCUGAAAUUAUAUUUUUGAAUAUUUCUUUCAUAUUCUUCAAUUUUAGGUAUUUUCUCUGUAUCAUAGUUACUGAAUGAUUAUAGAGUUUUAAUCCUUUCUGGUGUUUGAUUUACUAACUUGUUCAGCAAAAAAAUUGAAUAUUUUUUUAAGACAAUAUAUAGAUAUACAUAUAUGCUGGAUCCGCCUAUGUCUUUAUUAGAUAUUUUCUGUGCAUCAUAUUUGCUGAAUGAUCGAAGGGAGCCUUGGCGGAACUGGUACAGUUAUGACAUGUGACCAGGAGGUCACAGUUCGAUUCGUGUAAACAGCCUCUGGCAGAAAUGCAGUGUAAGACUGCAUACAAUAGACUCUUGUGGUCCAGCCCUUUCCCGACCGGUGCACACCGGUAGUUUAGUACAUCACGGCUGCCCUUUAUAGUUGAAUGAUUAUAAAAAUUCAAUUUUUUUUCUUAUUUUUUGUGAAUGUGGUGUCUGAGCCAGCACAAAUAUCGGGAAGCAGAUUCAAAUGGCUUAUAGAAGGAACUUAACAACAAGAGCUAAGUUUCUUUAUCAGCAACAAAGAGUUAUUACUCCAGCAUUUUGUUACCCACAUGAUGAUGAUAAAAAAACUCAAGAACCCAUUUGUAAAAAUCCAAGAUUUUCCACUUUUUUACAACCCCAUUAUGUGAAAAGUGGAAUUAACAGUUUAAAUGGGCCCAAAAGCCCAUUUCAAGAUCGAAGAUUUCGCCCUUCACAACACAUGAUUUGUAUGAGUUUGGGCUCAAUGUUCACUAGGAAUAUGUCUAGUAGUGUUAGUGGCGGUGGAACAGAGAAGAUAGAGCACAUAAGUGAAGUUGCUGAGCUGGCAGAUAAGGCUGUCGAGGUUGUAACUUCUCAAGUUCCAGCAUUGAAUGAGGUGGCAGUUGCUGCUGCUGAGUCGUAUUUGCCCGUGCAGGCGUUGCAGUACUUGAUUGAUUAUGUUCAUAUUUUUACUGGAUUUGAUUGGUGGGCAUCAAUAAUUGCUACAACUAUUAUUAUUCGAUGUAUAACCCUUCCAUUAAUGAUUAAUCAGCUCAAAGCCACUUCAAAAUUGGCGCUUGUGAAGCCAAAGUUGGAUGCGAUUAACCAAGAGAUGCAAGAUAGGGGUAUGGCUCCGGCAGCUGUCGCUGAAGGUCAACAAAAAAUGAAAGCAGCAAUGAAUGAAUAUGGAGUUUCACCCUUCACUCCCUUAAAAGGAAUUCUAAUACAAGGGCCAAUCUUUGUUAGUUUCUUUAUGGCUAUUUCAAACAUGGUGGAAAAAGUCCCUUCUUUCAAACAGGGGGGAGUGCUUUGGUUUACUGAUCUAACUACUCCAGAUAGUAUGUACAUCUUCCCUGUUUUGACUGCAUUGACAUUCUGGAUAACGGUGGAGUGCAAUGCGCAAGAAGGGUUGGAAGGAAAUGCUCAUGCUAAAACUAUAAAAAAUGUCUCACGAGCCUUUGCUGCUUUAACUAUCCCAUUUACUGCUGGUUUUCCUAAGGCAGUAUUCUGUUAUUGGAUGACCUCAAAUCUUUUUUCACUCUCCUACGGAUUGGUGAUUAAAAAUCCUGCAGUUAAGAAGUUACUUCGCAUUCCUAUAAUACCUGUCAGUCCUCCAUCUGAACAAAAACCGGGACUCUCAUUUUUCGAUACUCUCAAGAAAUUUGCUGCAGCGCAAGAGCACUUAGUGGCACAAAAGCACGCUCAGUCAUCAUUUCCCCAGGCAUCAAAACCCACAAGUCAAGGUCUAUCAUCAUCAUCAUCGUCGUCGUCUUCUGUUCUUGGUAAAAGGAUCGAAAGUUUAGAGAAACAAGUAAAAAGAAGAAAGAACAACAAGAAGAGACGUUGAACCGUUGUUGAUUGAAGGAGAAAAAUUGGUCUAGCAAAUUGAUAAUUAUAGGUUAUUAUUAGUUGCGCAUAUACACCAUUGAAAUCUAUGUUGCUCAGACUUUCCAAAAGUGCUGUUGCACCCGUGUCGGAUCUUCAAAAAAUACCAACAACAUUUUUGAAGAGUUCGAGCAACAUAGAUUGAAAUAAUUGGGGCAGAAGCUCAUUUUUCACUAGUUAUGUUUCUUGAGAAUUAUAGGGUAGGGGAGCGAGCAGUGUGUAAUUUUUUUCAAAGUACUUCAUAGAGAUGUAAUAUUUUUUGUUUUGUUUCAUUUUUCAUACGAAUAUAGGCAUUUGAGAAAAGAUUAUAGUCUAAGAAAUUUUGUAACGAUGACCAGAAUACUGCAGCACUAGAUGUCAUCAGUAGUUUGCUGUAAUUAGCAAAUCAAUUUUGACUUGCAACCACAAGUUUUAAUUCUUCUUUA